UUAGUCUUUUAUGGUGUUCAUGUUGCAUUGUUCGUAUAUGGCUGGUACACACAACAGGCAGACGACAGGCUCGCUGCCUUGAAUAAGUUGAAACUCUCAGUUUGGGUCAGCAGAGGUGCUGGUUUAGUACUCGCACUAGAUGGUGGACUUAUUUUACUCCCAAUGCUUAGAAACGUUAUCCAUCUCGUUCGUUCGUACCUCGGCCCUGCCGUCCCACUUGAUGAGAAUAUUUGGUUCCAUAAGCAAGUUGCGUAUAUGUUACUUUUCUGGACAAUAGUACACGUCACUGCUCAUUAUGUGAACUUCAUCAAUGUAGAGAGAAUGCAAUUACGUCCUGUUGCAGCUUGGCAGAUUCAUUACACACAAGCAGGCGGCAUAACUGGACACGUGAUGAUGCUUGCAAUGUUCCUGCUGUACUCAGCUGCACAUGUAACAAUCAGGCACCAGAAAUUUGAACUGUUUUGGUAUAUUCACCAAAUCACAGCUCUAAUUUUCAUGCUUUCACUCUUCACACAUGCAACGGGAUGUUUUGUACGCGAUUCUCCUCAGCCUGAUUUUCGCAAUAGCUUUCCCUUCUAUUCGACUGAACAUUGUCUAGGUUACGAAAGCUGGAGGUUUAUCAUAUGGCCUUUCAUCGCAUACAUUUUCGAACGUGUAUUCAUCGAGAUCAGAGCACGCUUUUUCAAAACGAACAUUACCAAUGUAUUUGUACACCCUGGAAAUACGAUCGAGAUCAGGUUUGAGAAACCAUCUUUGAAAUACAAAAGUGGCCAGUAUAUUUGGAUUCAGCUGCCCGAGUUAUCAAAGUUCCAGUGGCAUCCAUUCACGAUCACAUCUGCACCAGAGGAUGACUUUACAUCUAUACAUGUUAGGCAAGUCGGUGAUUUCAGCAAAUCUUUAGGGCCACUCUUUGGUAUUGCAAUGGGCAGUGGCAUCAGUAAGCAAGACCAACUAAGCUCUGAGUAUGUAUCUCAGGUCACUUGCAACUGCGAGAUGCCAAGGUUGAUGGUCGACGGUCCAUAUGGCGCACCAGCAGAUAACGCACUGAAUAAAGAAGUAGCAGUACUCAUUGGCGCUGGUAUCGGAGUUACGCCGUUUGCAUCGAUUUUGAAGAGCUUAUGGUAUCGCAAACUCAACCAGCAGCUUGGUGUAUUAAAGAGGGUCGAGUUUUACUGGAUCUGCCGUGAGACAGAAUCAUUUAUUUGGUUUAAGAAACUCCUUACAACUAUUGAAGAAGGCCAAAAGGAGCACACGUCCUUCAUCAAUAUCAACAUAUACCUCACUAAAUGGAAGGAUGAAAUGAUUCAUAACAUAUCAUUAAAUGAUGUGGGUGCCAAGUCUGAUCCACUUACAAAUCUACAGUGUCGCACCAGAUUCGGUAGACCAGAAUGGAGAAGCGUUUAUAGCGAUUUAAAAUCUUCAAUCACUCGGCCAAACUCAACCUAUUUAUAUGGUAGAGAGGCACACCUUAAGACCAACAUAGCCACCUUUUUUUGCGGACCCCCUGCCCUGGCUCGCUCAAUUCAGGAAGCAAUCAAGGAAGUUGGUAAUGAUGCUGAGGUAAAAUUCAGGUGA